UUUGAUAUUCUCAAAAAAGGUAACGACAAGAUUCAUCAAAAUUUACCGUCAAUUCAGAACACUUCGCUUGGCUGGGUUGUUGGCGGUACACUUAGCAAACUUGCACCCAUGAAAAGCGACAACUACGACAUUGAGAAAGUCUUACUGAUCAAGCAUCAUAAUUGGACAGAAGAAGAAUUAGAAUGUGAAAAGUUGUUCAAAGAAACUACUAAGCGAGGAUCUAAUGGGAGAUUCAUUGUUAGACUACCCUUAAAAGAGAAUGUUAAGAAAUUGGGUUCAUCGAAGGAAACAGCCCUAAGCCAAUUUUUGAAAUUGGAAGUUCGAUUCCUUAGAGACCCUAAACUCAAAUUGGAUUACUGUGCGUUUAUGAAGGAAUACCUGGAUAUGGGCCAUAUGGAAGAAAUAACUGAUAGAGACAUUGAUCCUGCAAAACCCACGUUUUAUUUCCCUCACCACCCAGUAAUACGCCCGGAAAGCAGUACAACUAAACUACGUACAGUGUUCAAUGGAUCUGCUGUUACGUCAAGCGGAAUGUCGUUAAAUGACACUUUGAUGAUUGGUCCCAAUAUACAACAAGAACUUUUUUGUAUAUUGAUAAGAUUUCGAUGUCCGAAGUUUGUAUUAACAGCAGAUAUCAAAAAAAUGUUUAGACAGGUCGAAAUUGACAAGGCCGAUAGACAGCUGCAGUUGAUACAUUGGAGAUUCUCACCAGAUGAACCGGUCAAAACAUUCAGUUUAAAGACGGUGACUUAUGGCACUAGUUCGGCACCAUUCACUGCAGUUCGUUGCCUGCAACAAUUAGCAGAAGAAAAUAGAGAAAGUCAUCCCGAAGCAUCAAGGGUCAUCAUGGAGGACGUGUAUAUGGAUGAUCUUCUAACUGGACAUAAUGAACUUGAUAAACUAAAACAGUUGCAGCGACAAUUGAUGCACAUCUUGAGUACUGCUGGAUUUGAAUUGCAUAAGUGGGGUUCAAAUGAAAAGAGCCUUUUGCCCGGACAAAAUGUGAUCCCUGUCACAAAAAUUUUAGGUCUACUUUGGGACUCUCACGCUGAUAAGUUCAGUUUUAGUAACCAAGUGAUCGACAAUUUGACUGCUACGAAACGCCAGGUACUGUCUGAAAUACAAAAGGUGUUUGACCCGUUAGGACUCCUCUCACCUAUUAUCAUAAAUGGAAAACUGCUAAUGCAGGAGUUAUGGGAAUCGAAAUUAGAUUGGGACCAACCACUUCCAAAGGAGUUGGAGGACAAAUGGAACUGGUUUAAAAAACAGAUAUAUGAAAUCAAUCACAUUAGUAUUCCGAGACAUGUGCCAUCGGCAGGGGUUUUAGUUGAGUUACAUGGGUUCUCAGACGCUGCCAAACCGGGCUACGGAGCUGCAAUUUACGUAAGAGUAGAUAACGGAAAUAACAUUUUGUCUCAUCUACUCUGCGCUAAGUCUAGAGUUUCACCAGCAAAAUCUAAGCAGACGAAUCAAGACGAUACCAUACCAAGAAAGGAAUUAAGAGCCGCAUCGUUACUGGCAGAUCUGAUGCACAAGAUAAAGCAAACUAUUUUGUUUCCGAUUCAAGGUAUUUAUUAUUGGACGGACUCAAUGGUUACUUUGGACUGGAUCAACAAACCAGCACAUGCUUGGCCAACAUUUAUUGCGAACAGGGUAGCAUCAAUACAGGAAAAAACAACUAUUACGUGCUGGCAUCAUGUGAAAUCAAAAGACAAUCCUGCGGAUCUCAUCUCCAGAGGGGUGUCAUCGAAAAAGUUAGCAUCCAGUGCAUUAUGGUGGUCAGGUCCUGAGUUCCUGAAGGGAACAGGCGAAUCAUGGCUUCCAAUGCCAAGAACACUUCUCGUAGACAUCACGGCUCCUCCUGCAAAGGCGGAACCAUCAAGCGAGACUUUUUUGUUGGAGAGGUUCUCGACUUACACUAAAACCCUGAGAAUUACUGCAUACUGUUUAAGGUUUGUCUACAACACCAAAAAACAGAAUAUUGUAAAACGUGUCGGAACUCUUGCGCUACAAGAAUUGAGGGAGGCUGAAAUCUUACUUAUUCAAUUUUCUCAAGAACGAGCAUUCAAGCUGGAAAGAGAAUUAUUGCUUAACAAUAAAGCUAUCCCACGUUCAAGUCCCUUAUUAACCUUAAACCCAGUCAUUGAUCGUGACGGCAUCAUUAGAGUUGGAGGGCGUUUGCAAGCUGCAAGAGUGACUUUCGACCAAAAACACCCAAUAAUUCUCCCAGCGAAAUGUGUUCUAUCAAAACAAAUUGCCAAACUUUACCAUCUCAAAAAUCUGCAUAUUGGACCUCAAGGGCUUCUUUACUCCUUGAGAAUGAAAUAUUGGCCUAUUCAUGGAAAAAAUCUAACUCGACAAGUUGUGCACCAAUGCUUAACUUGCUUCAAAAACAAACCAAUCGGAAUAACUCAAGUCAUGGGUCAGUUGCCAGCAGCUAGAAUCAAUGAAGCAAGAACUUUCAAAACUUGCGGUGUUGAUUUUGGUGGACCGUUCACUAUCAAGGAGAAUUUGAUAAGAACGAAGAAGUUCUUAAAGGUCUACGUUGCAUUGUUCAUCUGUUUCAGCACUAGAGCUGUUCAUUUAGAACUAGUGAGUAGUCUUACUAGUGCUGCCUUCAUUGCUGCUCUACGGAGAUUCUUUGGGCAAAGGGGUCGAAGUUCCGUAAUCUAUUGCGAUAAUGCAACCAAUUUUACAGGAGCUAGUCACGAAAUCGCCAGGAACGCUAAGAAAUUGGAAUAUCAGCUUGCUCCCGAAAUAAGUAUGUUUUGUUCGACAGAAGGAGUUGAGUUCAAAUUUAUACCCCCUCGGUCGCCAAAUUUCGGGGGCAUUUGGGAAGCUGGUAUAAAGAGCGUAAAACAUCACAUAAAAAGAGUACUCGGAUCAUCGAUCCCGACCUAUGAAGAAAUGUUGACUCUACUGAAACAAAUUGAGGGCGUUCUGAAUUCAAGACCAAUCUCACCAAUGUCCGCGGAUCCCUCUGACCCAAAUCCAUUAACGCCAGGACAUUUCCUUAUAGGUGAACCUAUAAGUAACCUACCGGAAAUUGAUCUAUCAUCUGCUAAGCCACAUCAGCUAACCCGAUUCGGAGAAGUUCAGAAAAGUCUACAGUUAUUUUGGAAGCGUUGGAGAACUGAAUACCUGAAUAAUCUACAGCAAAGAACAAAGCGGGGUGCAAAAUCCAAAACUAAUCUCAAGCAAGGUGAUUUGUGUCUAAUAAAAGAAGACAAUUUGCCACCUUUAGAAUGGAUAACUGGUCGCGUUGUGCAAGUGUACCCAGGACCUGACGGUAACGUGAGAGUUGCUACACUUCGUACUGCAAAAGGGGAAGUAAAACGAGCGAUUUCAAAACUAUGCCCAUUUCCUACAAACGAGCUUUAAAAAUCAAUUUAUUCAUGUAACGGUUUGACAAAAAAU